UAAAUAUUUUCCAUUUAUUUGGCGCGCCAUGUUUAUUAUUUCCCUCCUUUAUCUGCUCAAGUUUUUUUUAAUUUUAUUCUGCUGCAUUUGACACAUCUAUUUUAUUUUCAUCUAUUUUUAUGCACCAUGAUCAACCUCUCUAAACCUGACGAGGUAAAACAAGUGAGAGCACCGCAGAUAGGUGAGGGAGGAGUCAAGGAAAUAUCCCCGAGAAUUCAAAGCAACACAGCCCACAUCCAUAUGCCUACUACAGAGCGCAAGACCUGGUGGCAUAUUGCCAACAAUCUGCGCUAUAUCUGGCACAGGCACAAUUUUCUCUGCUACCUGGCCAUCUGGUUACUGAUAACAUCCUAUUUUAUCGUCUCGCUCGUAUUAAAAAAGAAAACGCAACUAUCCGAUGUUCUUCCAUUUACGUUUCUCUACGUAUUUAUAUCGCUCAAAAUGCUAUUCGCAUUUGUCAGCACGCGCACGGUAACUAAAUACAUGACCGCUGCUUCUCAGAUAGUUACAAAUAAUGCGAUAAAACUGCCCCUGUGGAUGCGGUACCUGGUCGGCGCCAUUUCGAUUCUGGCGAUUGUCCUGUCGGUUUCUUUGUCAGCACCCGAUAACAGUACAGGCAGGCGGAUCGACCGCAUGCAAUCGUUCCUAGGCAUUCUCAUUAUUUCACUUCUAAUGGUUGCCAUGUCAAAACACCCGCGGAACAUACAAUGGCGUACGGUAAUUGCAGGCUACCUAAUGCAGUUCUGCCUCGGAUGUAUUGUUAUUAAAACGCAAUGGGGUGAGGAGUUUUUUUCGUGGCUGGCCAGAAUGGCCUCGAGUCUGCUGGAGUUUUCCAAUCUCGGCACGCGCUUUCUCCUUGGUGACGAUUUCGGCAGCAUGACCUCGGUAUUUUCCAUCUCAGUUUUUCCUGCCAUUAUAUUCUUUGCGUCUCUGGUGCAAGCGGUUUGCUAUUUGGGCGGUAUCCAGUGGAUGUUGAAACGUCUGGGGUGGUUUUUCUACAAAACCCUGGGUGUCUCCGGGGCCGAGUCCAUUGUGGCUGCGGCGUCGCCGUUUAUCGGACAAGCCGAGAAUGUUCUUUUGGUCAAGGAUUAUAUACCACAUAUGACCAACUCCGAGAUCCACGCAUGCAUGACAGCUGGGUUCGCCACGAUCAGCGGCUCGACAUUGCAGGGCUACAUUGCCCUGGGCGUCGAUGCCAAGAAUAUCAUCACUGCAUGUAUCAUGUCCAUACCAUGCUCCCUGGCGCUGAGCAAGAUUAGGUACCCGGAGACCGAAGAGUCGUUGACACGCGGGAAAAUGGUUGAUCCCCCAAAAAGCACCGACGAUGUCAACGUCCUGCAUGCGCUCGGCAAUGGGGCGGCCAUUGGGAUAAACCUGAGUCUGAUUAUAUUUGCCAACUUGGUUGCAAUCAUAUCGCUGGUUGGCCUGGCGGACUUUAUGCUCACUUGGUUUGGUCAAUUCAUUGGUAUCUCGGAUCUGACACUGGAGCUCAUCCUCGGGUACAUCCUUUAUCCGUAUACCUGGCUCCUGGGCGUGCCUUCGGCGGAUGUCAUGAAGGUGUCGCAGCUUUUGGGGCUCAAGUUUGUGACUAACGAAUUUGUCGCGUAUCAGAGGCUAAAUGACGCCUCGCGCGGCGCGUCGAUCAGCUCGCUGCUUUCGAUGCGUGGCCGGAAUAUCGCAGAGUUUUCUCUUUGCGGGUACGGCAACAUUAGCAGCAUCGCGCAGCAGAUCGGCGCGUUGGGCACGCUGGCGCCGAGCCGCAACGCGGACUUUUCGCGUUUGGCACUGAGCGCGUGCAUCACCGGAAGCAUAGCCACGUGCAUGUCGGCGGCUAUCGUCUCCAUGGUCAUGUAGUGCCCCGCGUUCAACAUGGCAAUAGGUCAAUUUGAGCCGUGUGUUUUGAAUGAAGAUGUUGC